AAGGCGCAACUGUAGCAGAUUGUUAGUUUGGCUUCUCCCCUCCGCCAGCGGUGGCGUUACGCAGGAUGGCUGCGGGGCACGGCGCAACCGCGGCCAAGACGGGCCAGCGGGGCCGCGGCCGGGCCCCGCUGCUGGGGCUGCUGCUCUGCGCCUGCGCCGCCGUGGCCGCUCCCUCGGCCGCCUGGGCGGGGCCCGCGGCGUCCAGGCGGUCCGCCGCCGCCGCUGGCCUGGUCGCUGCUUUGGGGACUGCCGUGAGCAACCCCAGCCCGGUGCGCGCCAUCGGCACUGAGAACGAUCCCGACCUCUCGAUUAGCCUGAAGAGAAACAAACUCACCGAGGAGCAGUUGAGGCAACGCGAAGCUGAACGUGCGGCAGAGGCAGAGAGGCAAGACAAGUUGCUGAAGACGUUCAGGGGGUGGUUCAGCAAGCUCGCCAACGAAGAGUCCACCACCGACACGCGCGUAGAGCAGCUGACUCUCAUGAAGAACUCCGUGAUCGCGGAGAAGGCCCUCCCGAACGGAAUCACCCGCGAAGACAUCGUGAAAGGCAUCCGGAACGUGAAGUAUAACAUCGGGUGCACCAGGGACAAGCCCAAGAAGGACCCCGACUGCAAGGCAGUUGAGAAGGGUUACAUGCAGCUUCUCGCCACCAUCGACAAGACGUACGACCGGAACAUCAUCACGCGCUGAGUGGCAGGCAGCUUUGCGCACUUUGAACUGCUUUUGCAGCAGCUUUUCAACUCCGUCCUUUCGUUGCCCGACGCUUGCGCUCGGAGGAGAAGGAGGAGCGACGGGCGCCCUGUUUCGGCCUUACUCUCUAGCUCCACUCGCCGCGAACCCCGCGACAGGCCUCGGGCGGCGCGGGCGAGCGGCCGCCCCCUGUUUUUCUCCGCUUCCUGGCCGUCCGCGAACCGGGUGACCAGCACGCCCUCUCAGAUGCCCACCUCUUGUUACGGGCGGGUGUGAUGGGGCGUUACCUGGCCACGAGCGGGGUCUAGCUGGCAGAGGGAGAGUGCGACUUGCUGCACGAGCGGCUCGACUGCCACAGGCGAGGUGCCACCCUGCCAUUGGUCCGCGCAUUUUUCUGCGCGGCGCACAGAUAGUGGUGCUCGCAGGCCUGGGUGCCCGAGAUGGGGCUUGCAGAGGCCGAGCCGCCGUGCGACACCGGGGGGAGGAGGAGGGGGAGGAGGGGCGCGGGCGAGGAGGGGCCGCCGCGACCCCCCCUCUCCUUCGCCGCCAGGCGUGCGCAGACGAUGGCUCGUCUUUUGUAUUUUCUUGCGCCAUCGAUUGUGCCAUGACUCAGCGGUGCGCCUUGCGUGCCCAAAGCCGAGGGGAGGUCGC